AAGUAGCUAGCUACUACUCGCACAGCCAGAUUGAAGCAGGUGUACAACAUGGCGAUCACAGGCAACGGAUCUCUCGCUACUCUUCUCUUUUUGUUCGUGAUUCCAGCAGCUCUUCACAAAGGAGCUGCUCAGUACCCAGUCCAGAGUCAGAACCUGGUGACAGACAAUGUGGAGGUGAUGGAGGGUGACGUGGCCGUCAUCAGCUGCAGGGUGAAGAACAACGACGAUUCUGUCAUCCAACUCCUCAACCCCAACAGACAGACCAUCUACUUCAGAGACGUCCGACCCCUGAAAGAUGCUCGCUUCCAGCUGGUCAACUUCUCGGACAAUGAGCUGCGGGUGUCUCUAUCCAAUGUGAGCCUGUCGGAUGAGGGAAGAUACGUGUGCCAGCUCUACACGGACCCCCCACAGGAGGCCUAUGCAGACAUCACUGUGCUGAUCCCUCCAGGCAACCCAAUCAUCGAGUCCCGGGAGGGUCAGGUGAUUGAGGGCAACGAGACAGAGAUGACCUGCACCGCUAUGGGCAGCAAGCCCGCCGCCACAAUCAGAUGGAUGAAGGGAGACAAAGAGCUCCAAGGCAUAUCCAAGGUGGAGGAGACAUAUGACCACAUGUUUACUGUGACCAGCCAGCUGAGGUUCAUCGUCACUAAGGAGGACGACGGCAUGCCCGUGGUGUGCAUCGUGGACCACCCAGCCGUCAAAGACUUCCAAGCCCUGACGUACCUGGUGGUGCAUUAUAAACCGGAGGUGAAGAUCAUAGUGGAGUUUCCUGAUGGACUGCCAAGGGAGGGACAGAACAUGGAGCUGUCAUGCCAGGCCAAAGGCAAACCCCAUCCCCAGCAGAUCAACUGGGUGAAGGUGGACGAUGACCUUCCCUCACACGCCCUCAUCACCGGCCCGGACCUGUACAUCGAGAACCUCAACAAGACCUACAACGGCACCUACCGCUGCUUCGCUGCCAACUCAGUGGGCGAGUCGUAUGACGACUACAUCCUCUACGUCUACGAUGCCCCCACCACUACCCCUAUACCCACUACAGCUACCACCACAAAUCCCACCACCACCAUCUCUCUCCCUGAAGCCACUGCAGAUUCUAGAGCUGGAGAGGGAGCACCGAGAGCGGUCGACCAUGCGGUCAUCGGAGGAGUGGUGGCUGUGGUUGUCUUUGCCAUGCUCUGUCUACUCAUCAUUUUGGGACGGUACUUUGCAAGACACAAAGGUACCUACUUCACGCAUGAAGCUAAAGGAGCCGACGAUGCAGCAGAUGCAGACACAGCCAUUAUCAACGCAGAGGGGGGCCACAACAAUUCGGACGAGAAAAAGGAGUACUACAUAUAGAAAUCACAGGGCCCCAAUACUGUCCCCUGUAGGACACCAUACUGUCUUUGGGUGAGGGGUGCUUGGGGUUUAAGUAUGGUUGGGUAGGGGGGUAGGAUGGGUUGGUUUUAGUGGUGAUUGCCAGGGAUUGAACAAUGUAUAGUUCAGUCUGUGCCGCUGAAGAGGAACAGUUUUGUGUGUAUAAGGUGGAAAUAUAGGGAAGGGAGAGUAGGUUUUGGUUAAGGGUGGGUGGGUAGGGAGGGAGGGGGGUUUGGGGGUUGCCAGAUGUUGCCAGAAAUCACUGUAGAGCUUCACCAUUCGACACCUCCCAAAACUGCUGGUACGAAUUUUGUUUAGUUCAACCAUUUGCAGAAAAUUCUGUGCCUUGUUCUGAAUUUCUUUUCUAUUCAUUCUUAUUUUUUUUCCCGUCAACAUGCCGUUGCUCCUCACCGUCCCCUCUUUCACUCUCUCCAUUAUGAUUGUGAUGUUGGCUUUCCUAUGAGUGUUGAAUUACACAGUGGCUCUGUUCAUCUCUCCCACUGUGUUCGCACACACGUUCUCUUCUGCAUACCAAAACCUCAAAAGAACCCUAUUUCCACUAUACUGUGAGCAGGCCUAGUCUCAAGCCACUACCUUUCUUUUUUUCCAACCUUUUGAUAACUCCAAAACACAUCCAACGCUUUACGUAUCAUCUUCGAAAAAUGUACAUGAGGAAAAUAUCAUUACACAUAAAUAACAUUACCCCCCCCUCUUUAAAACACACACACACACAUAUAAUCUAAAGGAAGACAGUGGAGGACAGUUGGUCUCAAACUGUCCUUGUUUUCAUUUUAUCUGAGCCAAUUCCUAUUCACUGUGGAUGACUUGUAUUCUUUCCUCUCUCUUCAAUUUGUUUUUCUAAUUAGAUAUGCCAGCACAUUUAAAACAUUGGUACUAUUUGGAAUAAGCAAAGUAGAAGGCACAUUAUUUCACCCUCGCUAUGCUGAACUUAAAAGCAUUUUCAAUUCACUAUUUUUACCUUUUAUUCUCUGUACAAUGAUGUUUUUGUUCUGUUCCAAUGAAUGGAACCGCAAUUCCCCUGCAGGCAUUUCAUGUUUUAUGAUGACAUUUUGGGGUUUUACAUCGUCUCUCUCAUUCAGAAAUAUUUUUGACAAACAACAAAACAUUUAAAAGAUCAUUUGUUUUUAAUGGUUUCUUUGGUGGUGUAUACUCACCCUUUGUCUUUCAAUCAAGCUGCCUCACUUUAGCCAAGCUGUAAUAAAGUUGGUAUAACAAAAAAGGUAACACUGAUAGGAUUAAUUUCAAUAAGAUAUGACCGGAAGACAUCUCCAAACUAAUAAAUGAAUGUUGACUGUCAAAGGUGAAUAUCCUCAUUAUAAUACAUAUAUCAAUCUACUGUAGGUUGUGAGGUACUAAAUGCAAUCAACAUUUAUAAAGCGAUACUACCUUCAUAUUGUUACAUGCUGAACAGUCAAAACUCACAUGUAGAGUGGUUGUAUUUUUCCAGCCUUGUGUAUAAAUUAGAACUAAGGAGUAAAAAGGGUUAUAGGAGUUUAAAGGAGAUGGUGAUACAUAGACGAUACAUAGCUUCUGUAUGAGCAACGGACCUACAAUCAUUGUGUCGAAGGCAUUUUUUCAAAGGAUAUGAUUUCAAUACAAAACAUUAUCUCAAAACAAUUCAGACGCACCAGAACGAAUAGUUCCAACAAUAUACAAACUAUGACCAGACAUUAUAUUCACACCAAUGUAUUAUACACAAAUAUUUUUUACAACCUAGUGGAAUUCCAUGUUUUUUCUGAUUAUCACAAGCUGUUUGUUGUGAGUUUUGUCGCUCCAUAUUGUAAAACACUCAUGACAGUUGAGGAGCAUGUGUGUCACUCGGAAUUACCAAGGGAGACAGGGCCUUAUUUCCCCUACUAUCACACCCCAGCCUCUGGACUGUACAUGGUCUUGUCAUGAUGCAACAAUUUUCAGUUGCCCAAACAGUCAGCCAACACAACACUGCAUGUAUGUGAGUGUGAACCUCUAAAACAACAUAAUACAGUCUCCUAUUUUUCUUUCUUUACAAUUGACCUGCCUAAGCUUAAAGAUGAUACAAUGUGGAAAGAGCCAGUUAGGGAGAGUACUUUUUGGGGAAAUGUUACUUUUCAUGUAUACAUCACUACAGUAAACAUUGCUGUUGAAUUUAGUUACUGUCCUGCUGAGGUUGUUGACCUGACAAUUAGGUUGAAAAGAUGUUGUUGCUUACGUGUUUGAUUUGAUGUUUAUUCCGAAUAUAAUAUCUUGAAGAAGGAGCUACCACUGAUUUAAUACUGUUUAACGACAAUGCUGGUUGUUUAUCAGGACAGUGGUGGCUUUCUGGCUCCGUUUAAAUGCUCCAUUUUAGACUGUGUGAUUUCAUGUGAAACAUUUUGGAUCCCCUCUGUUGUUUCAAUGGAUCAAACAACAGAGAGAAUGUAACCGUCUUUUAGAUUGAGGUUGUGUGACUUGUAUUUAACAGUGAGCAUUAUUUUGCUUUGGUCAAAAGUGUGGUGGCUUCCUUUCACAACUGGACCUUAAAAAGUCUGUUCUUAUCAAGUGAACACAUCUAUUCACUCGUUCUGUAGGUGGACAUUUUAAUACAUGUACUCACAGCUGUGUGGACUGGGUCGAUGUACAGUACCAGUCAGUACCAGGUUUGGACACACCUACUCAUUCAAGGGUUUUUCUUUAUUUGUACUAUUUUCUACAUUGUAGAAUAAUAGUGAAGACAUCAAAACUAUUAAAAUAACACAUAUUGAAUCAUGUAGUAAGCAUUCUUCAAAGUAGCCACCCAUUGCCUUGAUGACAGCUUUACACACUCUUGUCAUUCUUUCAACCAGCUUCAGGAGGUAGUCACCUGGAAUGCAUUUCAAUUAACAGGUGUGCCUUGUUAAAAGCGAAUUUGUGGAAUGUAUUUCCUUAAUGCGUUUGAGCCAAUCAGUUGUGUUAUGACAAGGUAGAGGUGGUACCCUAUUUGGUAAAAAAAAAAAACAUAUCUUGGCAAGAACAGCUCAAAUAAGCAAAGAGAAAUGACAAUCCAUCAUUACUUUAAGACAUGAAGGUCAGUCAAUCUGAAAAAGGUAAAGAACUUUGAACGUUUCUUUAAGUGCAGUCGCAAAAACCAUCAAGCGCUAUGAUGAAACUGGCUCUCAUGAGGACCGCCACAGGAAAGGAAGACCCAGAGUUACAUCUGCAGCAGAGGAUGAGUUCAUUAGAGUUACCAGCCUCAGAAACUGCAGCCCAAAUAAAUGCUUCAGAGUUCAAGUAACAGACACAUCUCAACAUCAACUGUUCAGAGGAGACUGCGUGAAUCAGGCCUUCAUGGUCGAAUUUCUGUAAAGAAACCACUACUGAAGGACACCAAUAAGAAGAAGAGACUUGGUUGGGCCAAUAAAUACGAUGGAGUGAUGGAGUGCUGCAUCAGAUGACCUGGCCUCCACAAUCACCCAACCUCAAAGCAAUUGAGAUGGUUUGGGAUGAGUUGGACCGUAGAGUGAAGAAAAAGCAGCCAACAAGUGCUCAGCAUAUGUGGGAACUCCUUCAAGACUGUUGGAAAAGCAUUCCAGGUGAAGCUGGUUGAGAGAAUGCCAAGAGUGUGCAAAGCUUUCAAGGCAAAGCGUGGCUACUUUGAAGAAUCUAAAAUAUAUUCUGAUUGAAAACGUUUUUGUUUACUACAUGAUUCCAUAUGUGUUAUUUCAUAGUUUUGAUUAUUAUUCUACAAUGUAGAAAAUAGUAAAAAAUAAAGCAAAAACCGUUGAAUGAGUAGGUGUGUUCAAACUUUUGACUGGUACUGUAUAUGUUUCUGCUUAACCUUUUACUGGUGUGUGUUGUGGUUUGUAAUGGUUGACCACUGUCAGCACCAAUAGGAAACAGGAGUGUAUUGGGGAAAGUAUAUGCAACUCGAGCAUGGUUGACAUAAAACAAAUGUUCAUUUCUAUGAUCACCUACUUAAAGGGAAACUCCACCCACAAACUAUAUUUUGGUAUUUGUUUCAUUAGUCCAUUGUUGAUAUAGUCCAAAAAUGUUUUGCAUGUCAGCAAUCAAAUUUUGAAGAUAUAUAACUGUCAAAAUAUACAAAAUACAUAAACAUAGCUGCGUUUUGAGUCAUAUGAUGUGAAAUGGAUCAUACCGGCUUGAUAUGUAUUUUGAAAGCUUUGGGGUGGAAUUUUCCUUUAACCCUGGUGAUAUAAACAGCAAAUCAAAUACAAUUCGAUGAUGGACAACAAUUUGGGUGGGUGUAACAAGUCCAGAUGUGUGUGGAAUGAGUUUGAUAUUUGAGUAUAGAAUGUCAUUUUUGUCAUUUCUGUUUUUGUGUGUUAUCAGUUUUUUCUUCUUCAUGAAAUGUCCCCUUUGUUACUCAAGCUACAGUUAAUUUGGUAGUUUACGUGUUGAGGAUUUAUUUUUUAUUUUAUCAAAUUACUUUUUACAUUUCUUUGUUAAUGCCCUGUCUCAGGUUCAUGUGCAUUGAAUGGUGUGAUUGCAUCUCAGGUAGAAUGCAAAGUCUAAGGCCCACCACACAUUGAUGAAGUAUAUAUAUAAAAAAGUACACCAAUCAUUUUAGAUCAAGAGACAACUGGUGAUUUGUUUUGCAUUUAAGCUGUACAUGGUUUAUGAAUUUUCUUAAAUAUUCGGUGCACUGUAUAAGAUGUUUAAGUAUUUUUUUGUAUAGACAUAGUUCACAAUGAAAGAGUACUCCGUUUGUUAAAAUGAUGCAGGAACAGAACACACUCAGCUGUGGCUGUGCAACUAUCAAUUUAAACAUGUCUCGGACGUUUAGUUUUCCUUCCAGGACGUUUGGUCGUUUAUCACUUCAUUGUUUUUAGGUUGAUUCUUUUUGUUUUUCUGCUGUACUAGGGCAAGGUUAAUGUGUAUUAAUGAAGAAAAAAUAUAUCCACAUUCCCAUACACAUUUUGUAUUGGUUCAUAAAUAGACAUUUUUACAAAAAAUGAAGAGUUCUUGUCUUAAUAAAAAAGAAAAAGAUAUUAAUGUUCAAAGUAA